ACCCCGCCUCUCACCUAGAACGUUAGCUGGAGAUGGACACCAGCAUCCCUCCUGACCCCACUAACAAGGGUGUUGGAAGAUGGAUGAAUUGGGUUUGAAUCACAUAAAUUACUUUGUGUAUUAAAUUUCUUAAGCUGGGACCAGAUUUCGUACCACAAACAAGAAAAUAUAUGACAAUAAAAAAAAUUGGUGAAAUGAAGCCGCAGUUAUUUUGAGGUGAAGAAUAAUGGGUGUCUUGCAUUGCAUUGCCUUGCAUUUCUAUGGCAGGCCCAAUAACAAUACAUCAGUGUUAACUGAAUGUUGAUUGGUCUACCAAUACGAGGCGUUUGAUUGGCUGAAAGAACUAAGGAAAACCCUCCCUUUUGAGUGCGAUAUAAACAAACACUCACUGAGCAUGCGUCACGGGAAUAAUGGAGGACUGUCUGUGGUAACCGAAAUAAUCUGAUCUGUUUGCACUCUGUCUCUCGCGCUUUGAGGAUAAAUCUUCUUCUCUCCACCUCAGCGUGUGUAAGUACAUGUUUUACGUGGAAUGCCAAGAUGACUACGGACACUCCAGACCAAACUCCUAAUUUCAGGGUAAUGACAUUCACCCCCUCCAAAGAAGAGUUCAAGGACUUUGUUCGGUAUGUUGCCUUCAUGGAGUCACAAGGAGCUCACAUAGCUGGAAUUGCCAAAAUCAUUCCACCUAAAGGCUGGAAACCAAGACAUACAUAUGAUGACAUCGAUGAUCUGCUGAUUCCUGCUCCAAUACAGCAGGUGGUCACUGGCCAGUCAGGAUUGUUCACGCAGUACAACAUCCAGAAGAAACCAAUGACUGUCGUUGAGUUUCAGAAGACCUCCAAUUUGGCCAAGUUUUGCAGUCCCAGAUAUGUGGAUUUUGAUGAGCUGGAAAGGAAGUUUUGGAAGAACCUGACCUUUAACCCCCCACUGUAUGGAGCUGAUGUCAGUGGAACACUGUUUGAUCCAGAUGUGUCUGAAUGGAACAUGGCUCAUCUUAACACAAUCCUGGACACUGUGGAGAGUGAGAGUGCAGUGAAGAUAAAAGGACUUACCACCCCUUGCCUUUAUUUUGGGAUGUGGAAGAGUGCUUUUCCUUGGCACACAGAGGACAUGAAUCUUUACAGCAUUUGCUACCUGCACUACGGCGAGCCCAAGUCAUGGUAUGUUGUCCCACCAGAGCAUGGCAGAAGACUGGAGCGGCUUGCUAAAGGUUUCUUUCCUGGGAAUGCUCAGAGCUGUGAAGCCUUCUUGCGGCACAAGAUGACUUUAAUUUCACCCUCAAUCCUCAAAAAAUAUGGUAUACCAUAUGAGAAGGUCACUCAGGAAGCUGGGCAGUUCAUUGUGACUUUUCCAUUUGCUUAUCAUGCUGGUUUCAACCACGGUUUCAAUUGUGCUGAGUCCACCAACUUUGCUACACAGCGAUGGAUUGAUUAUGGAAAACAAGCUAAAUUGUGUUCUUGCCGUCAAGAUAUGGUGAAGAUAUCUAUGGAUGCAUUUGUACGCAAGUUUCAGCCUGACCGUUACAAACUGUGGAAAGCAGGGAAAGAUGACACUCCCAUUGACCACGUGAAACCAACUCCAGAGGCUGCUGAGUUUCUCAAAAAAGAAAAGGCCAGCCCCUGUAAAAAGGUUUCCAGUGAAGCAUCGUCUGAGGAGCCAACAUCUCCUGCACAGAAGGACAAAAGCUCAGAUCUUCAAAGUGGGAAAAAACGUCCGCUUGAACCUGUCCAGACCUCUGAAGGAGACAAUUGCGAUGUAAGAGUCAAGGAGGCGGUGGAGCCUGAGAGUCCCAAGCUAUCAAUGAAGAGUUCUCCCAACAAAGUCCCAGCUCCCUCAGCACAACCCAAGUCAGAACGUCAGUUGGAGAAGCACAUAAAACCACCACCUAAAUGCAUUUCUAAAGCCAACAAGAAAACUUCAAACAGACUAAUUUCUGCAAGAAAGGACAAGAGCGGUGGACGGGCUGCAGACAUGAGUCCUCUGCUGCCAGUAGAAGGAAAUGCAGAGGGCAGUGUGGAGCCUCGGGUGGAAACCAGUAACAUCCCUGUGCACAAGCUGUUUCAGAGAACACUCAGCCCUGCUGACGUCCUGCAUGUUCAUAGCUAUGCCAAAGGAGACUAUGGAGAAGAAAUCCUGGUGCAGGAGGAAGAACAGGCCAUACGCAGUGAUAAGAAAGAAGACAUCAAACAUCAAGUGGCAGAAGUGUUGCCUCCUGAUGCUGAGCUGGAAAGUAAUCCAGAUCAGCUGCCACGGCCCCCACAUAUCAAAGAUAACAGCAGUGAAAAAGACGUCUUAGAGGAGCUUCCCCCAGUGGAGGCAGGUACUUUUGAAGGGGACAACUGGGCCAAACCUCUGACCCAUUUGUGGCAGAGUAGCCCUCCCAAUCUGAAGAAAGAAAGGGAGUACAACCAGCGCAUGGGCUCUAAGCCUCCAUACUGCUCCAUCUGUAUGCUCUUCCAAACAUAUCAACAGGCAGAGUGUGCCAGAAGCGUGGACAGUCAUGUCGCUGGUGCAGGUGGGAGGAUGCAGACCAAGCCUCUUAUCCCAGAAAUGUGUUUCACCAUCACCACAGAAGAAGACGCAGAGAGUGAAGAACAACCCGUUGCACAUUAUUUAGAGGAAGAUGGAACCAGCCUCCUCAUCAGCUGCUCACAGUGCAGUGUUUGGGUUCACGCCAGCUGCUACGGUGUGAACCCAGCCAGUGUGAGCACCGAGUGGAAAUGUGCACGAUGUAAGGCCAAUGCUAUGAAUGAGAGUUGCUGUCUGUGUUUGCUAAGAGGUGGAGCCCUACAUAAAACCACCAAUGAUAAGUGGGUACAUGUGUUGUGUGCUGUGGCAGUAAUGGAGGCGCGCUUUGUCAACAUUGCUGAAAGAAGUCCUGUGGAUCUGAGUGGAAUCCCUCUACAGAGAUUUAAACUGAAAUGUUACUACUGCAAGAAACGCGUGAAAAAGGCAUCUGGCUGCUGUGUGCAAUGCUCUCAUGGCCGCUGUCCCACUGCAUACCACCCUACCUGCGCCCAGGCUGCUGGGGUACUGAUGCAGCCAGAUGAUUGGCCCUUUGUGGUCCAUGUGACCUGCUGUCGGCACAAAGGUCCUGCUCAGAUUGAGCGCAAUAAGGCAGCAAUGCAUGAGCUUACUGUGGGUCAGAAAGUCAUCUGUAAGCACAAGAAUGGCCGUUACUAUCAGUGUGAUGUAGUUCAGCUCUCAAAAGAGACCUUUUAUGAAGUCAACUUUGAUGACGGCUCCUUCAGUGAUAACCUGUUCCCGGAGGACAUUGUGAAUCAAGACUGCGCUCAACUUGGCCCCCCUCCGCAGGGUGAAGUGGUUCAGGUGCGCUGGACAGAUGGACUGGUCUACGGGGCCAAGUUUGUGGCAGCUCAUGUUAUUCAAAUGUACUUGGUGGAAUUUGAAGAUGGCUCACAGCUAACAGCCAAGAGAGAUGAUGUCUACACUCUGGACGAAGAACUUCCCAAGAGAGUCAAAUCCAGACUGUCUAAGGCAUCAGAUAUGAGGUUUGAUGGAAUUUUUGAAGACAAUGAGAUUAUCCAAGAAUCCAAGAGACAAAGAGUGAUCAACUCCCGGUACAGAGGCGACUACAUUGAGCCUGUGAUUUACAGAGCCAUCAUGGAGUAGACCCUCACACCUGGUCAGCCCAUCUUACACACCAGCAGCACCGUUGGACUGAAGUAUUUUAAUGCACCUUAACUUUGCAGCUAGUUUCAGACAAUGUAGCAGCAGCUGGCUUCUUCAGGAUCUGCAUGGACUGCUGCCUGUUUCAACGCUUUGUUCUCUUUGCUGGACUGUGAGGUCAAACAAUGUUUUGUUCUGAUGACAUUUUUGCAGAGGACUCCUUACAAUAAUGUUAAUGGGCCACAAGCUCUAGCAUUACUUCAAGGAUACAUAACAAAUAGCACUGAGUGAAGUAAGAUGUUUGAAAACUGGGUUAGUGCUGGAAUGUAAAGUCAGUGGUUGUGCUGAUACAGUCUUAAAAAAACAAAGCUUCAUUAAAUUGACCUCAGCUGAGCAUUUUCCAUCCAACAUCAACUUGUUCCUAAUUUAUUUCAGAUUUUGCUUUUAGUGGCCAUUAAAAGGUUUCAGAGAGGAGAACACACACAUCCCCCAAAUAUUAUUCUAAACCUCUACUUCACAUUCAGCCCUUUAGUUUUUAUUCUGUUGAAAAUGGUAGAAAACAGAAGAGAGUUGAAUCCCUCAACAUUUUUAACAUUUAAAAAGUAAUUUCUGUCCAAUGACUUGUGAACAUUAUGUGUAACUGCAAAAAUUGUUAAACCUUGAAAUAAUCUGUUUCCAGGUUGAACUGAAAUCCUGUCAUUCUAAGCAAACUUUCUUUAUUCAUGUACAGUGUGUGACAAUCAGUGAGGUUCAGACCUUUGGAGAAAUAAUUGGAUAUUUACCAGAAACUUCUGGAGUUGCUGCUUUUCACAGACAACAGACCAGAAUCCCACAUUCUGCCACAUUAGCCACUCAAAGUUGUUUCACACCAACACCCAUAGAUCAGUAGACACUCCUGACUACUGAUCUGUUUUCCACAUGGACAGUUGGACAUGUGAACUAGAAACCUCCUCUCUAUAGAGGUGGAUUUAAAAAUCCAAAUCCUAAAUAUCUGGCCACUAGUUUUUUUUUCUAAACAUAAAACGAUACAAACAUUUUUUAUUUCAUAGAUUUGAAAGAUUUCAAAACAAUAUGACAUUUAUCAAUUAUACUCUCAUUCUCUGUUUACUAGUCUCUGCUUGAUGGGUGGAGCUUAGUGGACUUGUCUGUCUCUGCCUCCAGGGAGGAGGUCAUUACCCAUUAAUGACUUGGCCUUCAUUACACCAGACUGCCUGUCUAUUGAAGGUUCUACAGGAUUGUGGAAAUCUGUAUCAUAAAAGAACAAACUAAAAACUUCCUUUCAAAGACUUUCUUCCAGUUCUCUGAUUUUCAGUCCUGUUCCUCAUGACCCACUGUCCUCCAUAUUUUACAUGAGUAUUUGCUCCAACACACUUGAAUCAAAUGAUUUCAUUUCCUCCUCAGCUACUGUCCAGUUUGUUAAUCAGACAUUUAUUCGUGCAUGCAAGUAAGCACCAUGCAGGAGGAGGCUUGAAAACCUCUGAUCUAUUGCACAUUAUCCUUUGAAAACAGAACGAAGACAGCUGCUUUAAAACAGUUGCAGAGAAGCCUGGCUUUACACUAACUGCAGACCAGGAGCUUAAAACAUUUUUUAUUUGUUCCAAAUGGUUUGGAAACUUCCAUUUGUAAUAUUUAUGAGUUGUCUUAAUCUUAACACUCACAUCUUCAGUCUUGCGGUAGAAAUAUCGCAAGACUGAAUAUUUUCAUGGUAUAUAUUGCAUUUUAAAAUCUAUCAACAUAUUUCAGAAUUAAGAAACAUAUAGGGACUCUUCUGGAUAAAUGAAGUAAGUCUUUAUUAAAAAUAAUAAUAAUAAAAAAUUAACCAGCAAUGAAAAAAGAUUUUUUUAAAUCUCUGGGAUAUUUUUCUUGGAUUUUGAUGCAAGUUUUUAGGUUUCAUGAAAGUGUUGCAACAAUCAUUUCUUUAGGCAUGUACAAUGUUCCGCUGGAUGCUGUGGAGUAACAGGUUAAACUCUUUAAAAGUAGCACAGCCACUUGUUCCCUAAUGUCCCGUUUUAUUAACUACAUUCCCUCCUUGUGUGAAGUUCAUAACUCUUUAUUGCUCAUUGCAUCGUGGUGCGCUGAGAAACUAGCAUCUGCUUCAUAAACAGUAAUUCUGUUGAGUUUGUUUGAUUAUUUGACUUCUGCAGUUAAUUAAGUCUCUGCUGCUUUUCAUGUGUUUCUAUUGCCUGCCUGUCCUACUCUUUCACUCUGUGCAUUGGACUGCUGAGUCCAGUUUGUGGGGCAUUUGAACAUCAAGGUGCUACUGUUAGUUUAUACAGAAAAAGAUGGCGUUCGUUGUACAUUUCUAAAAGUUUUGCUGGCUUGUUCGUGUCCGGCUCCACCCAACUCUUUGGUCCCAUUGCUUUGGUAGAACAAGAUGGCCGUCAGACAUCAUCAUUAUCAAGCAGGUUUUCUAGCUGGUCAUUGGUCAUGUAGGGAUCAUUUCAUUUUCUCUUUAGUCUAAGUUGUGCACUGAUCUUGUAUUCUAUUUUACUGUGCUGUUUGUAAAACGUUCAGUGUAUUUUUUCACAAAAGCCUGUGUAAUGUAAAUGUCAUGUAGUCUAUUUUAAAAUCUUAUUGAGCCAGCAGGGAGAGCAGUUACUUUUCAUAUUGUUAUGCAGACAUUUUGUAACAUUUGUUUAAUUAAAGAAAUGUACUCUCAGUU